UUUAAUAAAAAUUUCCAGUCGACAUUCAUCACAAACAAAACUGCAUUGUACUUCUCUCGUUGUUCCUCGUAAUUUUCCAUUAUUGAAUCUUCCAAUCAUUUCGAUUCGCUUCGUAGUCGGAAUCUCAAUUUGUCGCAGUGUUACUCUCUAUUUGAGACUCGUCCGCCGCGAGAGUGACUUUAAUGCUUUCCAUUGUACGGGGGUUGAAUUUCCGACGGUGUUUCAACUGAUUGUGGAAGUUAGGGGGGUCUGAGAUUGACUCAUCUUGCCGUCUGAGAAGAACCCUCAUCCUAUUUAAUUUCCUGCCGCAGGGGAUUGAUGGGAUUCAUCAUUCCAUCAAAUAAAGAACAUUGCCUGAAAGUUUUCUGAUUUAUUGAAUGUUUGCUUUGUUCGUCGGAUUGGAGACGAAGCAGCCUGAGUAAGGCGCAUUGGUGAUGGGGAGGAAGCCAGCCGAUUUGUGCAUUGCCAAAUUUACGUGCUUUCUCUGCAAAGCAAAUUUGGAAUUUGAUUUGUAUUGAAAUUUGAAAGAAGAGGAAUGAUGGAAUCGAAUGCUGCCGGCGGUGGGAAUGACGAAGCCUCGCCGGACAUGUUGAGGAAUACUCCGUUCAAUAUCAGAAGGUUGACCAACGAGAUUGAGCAGUGUGAGGGUAGGCAGAAGUAUGUAGCUCACACUAGAAGUCCCUCGGAUGGCAGUGAUGUGAGAUGGUAUUUUUGCAAGGUUCCACUGGAAGCAGAUGAGCUAGCUGCAUCAGUUCCUCGAACGGAAAUUGUUGGAAAAGGUGAUUAUUUUCGAUUUGGAAUGAGGGAUUCUCUUGCGAUAGAGGCAUCCUUUUUGCAGAGAGAGGAAGAAUUGCUUUCUAGUUGGUGGCAAGAGUAUGCAGAGUGUACUGAAGGCCCUACGGAGCCAUGCAUUGUUUCCAAGUCAACCCUGCAGACAAAAGUUUGUCUUCCAAAAACUUCUGGCCAGCAAUAUGCAGUUGUAGAAGAAAGAGUUGGUGUCCCUGUAAAGGGUGGGUUAUAUGAGGUAGAUUUGGUCAGGAGACAUUGUUUUCCUGUCUACUGGAAUGGAGAGAAUAGGCGUGUCUUACGAGGCCAUUGGUUUGCUCUUAAAGGUGGAAUUGAAUGGCUUCCACUGCGGGAGGAUGUUUCUGAACAAUUAGAGCAUGUUUAUUGCUCUCAGGUUUGGCACCGAAGAACUUUUCAACCGUCAGGUCUCUUUGCUGCUAGGGUUGAUUUGCAAGGCUCUGUACCAGGACUGCAUGCCCUUUUCACAGGGGAAGAUGACACAUGGGAAGCUUGGUUAAAUGUUGACUCUUCAGGAUUUUCUGGUAUGGUUGGCUUUGGACGAGAUGGCAUUAAGUUAAGACGUGGAUUUGCUCCAUCCCCGUCAAAGAAUCCAACACAGGAUGAAUUACGCCAACGGAAGGAGGAAGAAAUGGAUGAUUACUGUUCACAGGUUCCUGUUCGACAUUUAGUAUUCAUGGUUCAUGGUGUUGGCCAAAGGUUGGAGAAGUCCAAUUUGGUGGACGAUGUUGGAGACUUUCGACAGGUAACAGUAAAUGUUGCCGAAAGACACCUGACCUACCAUCAACUUAGUACACAAAGAGUUCUUUAUAUUCCUUGCCAGUGGAGGAAGGGUUUGACCUUUAGAGGGGAAGUUGCAGUUGAAAAAAUCACUUUAGAUGGUGUCCGAGGAUUGCGAACUAUGUUGGGUGCAACAGUUCAUGAUAUUUUAUAUUAUAUGAGCCCUAUAUAUUGUCAAGAGAUCAUAGACUCGGUAUCAAACCAACUAAACAGGUUAUAUGUGAAGUUUCUCAAGAGGAAUCCUGGUUAUAAUGGAAAGGUGUCCAUCUAUGGCCACUCUCUGGGAAGUGUUUUAUCUUUUGAUAUCCUUUGUCAUCAAGAUACGUUGCAUUCACCUUUCCCAAUGGAAUGGUUAUACAAAGAAUGUAAAAGAAGUGAGGAUUCUUCUACUAGGGAUAAUGUAGCAUCUACAUGCAAUCCCACCCCACAUUUUAAGGAUGAGGACUGUGGGAAUGUUGCAAUUGAGAGCACAGUUGGUGCUGUGGAUUGUUUAGACAUUUUGGAAGAUCCUGUGGAGGGAACAUCUAAUCCUUUGGGUCCUCCUGCAUCAUCAGAGUCUGACUUAUCGUCUACAACUAACAGUGAUGACCAGCAGACAAAUUUUGCCUCAUUAUUAAAUGAAGAUACUAAUGAAGGUUUUCACAAUUCCAAUAGUACAGAUUUAGACAAAAGUGAUAUGUUGAAUGACCCUAAUAGCACAAAAAACGAUGCGCUAUUUGAUGACAAUGGAGAUGAAAAGGCUCUCUUUCAUCAAGGUGAAGCUGAAAGAGUCACUAUAAGUAAUGAGGAUGUAUCUGAUAGUAAUCAAUAUGAAACAAUAAAAUUGUUGCAGGAAGAGAUUGUUUUGCUGAAAGCAAAAAUCAAAGAACUGGAAGCUGUAUGUCCAGAAAAAGGGAAUGCAAUGAGCAGUGGUUCAUUAGUAAAUCAAUCUAGUCCUGAGGGAGCUCCAUCUGGUCUGCGAGAUUCCUGGAAGGCUUACACACCUCAAAUUCGAUACACAAAAUUGGAGUUCAAGGUUGACACAUUCUUUGCUGUUGGGUCUCCUCUAGGCGUAUUUCUUGCCCUCCGCAAUAUGCGAAUUGGGACUGGAGAAGGCAAAGAGUACUGGAAAGAUGAAAAUAUAACUGAACAGAUGCCAGCAUGUCGCCAAAUGGUUAACAUCUUCCAUCCUUUUGACCCGGUAGCGUAUAGAAUUGAACCGCUCAUAUGCAAAGAAUUUGUACACAAACGUCCUGUUAUUGUUCCUUACCACAGAGGUGGAAAAAGGCUGUAUGUUGGGUUUCAGGAAUUCAAAGAAGGGUUAGCCUCUCAUGCUCAGUCUAUAGCCAAUCACUGGAACACCAUAAAGGUUAAAGUGCUGACAGUUUGUGAAUCGAGACACAACAAUGGCCCGGAUGGGGAAUCUGAGAAGCCUGAACAAAAAGAAAGAUUAUAUGGCUCGGUUAUGAUGGAGAGAAUAACUGGAAGUGAAGAUGGGCGAGUGGAUCAUGUGUUACAAGAUAAAACUUUUAGACAUCAAUACAUAUCAGCUAUUGGAUCACACACAAACUACUGGAGAGAUCCGGAUACUGCUCUGUUCAUGCUAAAGCACUUGUAUGGGGAUAUUCCAGAGGAUCCGCCAUUGGUGGCUAAUGAUAAAGAUAAGGUGGAAUCAAAGGGGAAGGGGAAGGGGGGGUGGUCUGAUCCAAGGAAGGUGAGUGAUGCAGAAGUCCCUUUAACCUUUGCUGAUGCUGUCUUCAUAAAGCACUUCUCCCACAAAGUCAAGAAAAUGGGAAACAAUAACUGAAACCAUCGGAACGGCCUGCGUCUGUUUUCGACGAGGACGACGACUACGAGGAUGGGCAGUUGUUGCAUUUGUCAGAUUGUUUUAAGUUCAGAAAUCAUCGCCUAAAGAUGACAGUUGCAAUGCCGCUGCAUAUUUCGUACAAAUAAGUGGUCUAUGUUCUGCACUUUUUGUUUUUUUUCUAUGAUUAUUUGCUUUAUGUUAAUUAUAAAUAAAAAAUUAUAUUUUUUUAUUCA